AUGGCGACUCGCACUAUUCAAGCUCCAACCAGGACGCGAACCAGGCAGACCGACCAGUUGACGGCAACCAAAGAGGAGUCGGAGGUUGCUGUCCCGCCUGGGCGAAAGAUUCGAGACUCUUUCACGGGUAUCACUUUGUGGUCCCCAUCCGAAGAGGACUCCCACGUCUUUGACUACCAUGGGAUCCUUGCACCAGACCUGCUAGAGCAGCUGCAGGACAAAGCUAUGCGGAAAUUACGUCUUGAUACUAGCCUCUCGUUCAAAACUGCCGCGAUUGCCCCGGAUGGCUAUGUCGUCAGCGGAAAGCCAAAUAUCAUCACCAAGAUCGAGGUUUGUCGAAAGGGCCGCUGGCGGGAAGGAGAGACACGUCUAUUGGAUGAGAUAUUCAGAAAGCUGGGUGGAAGGCGAAUGUUUGGUGAGGGAGGUCGAGUUCUUCCUAAGAGCUCGUCUACUCGGUCUGGUCCCGUAUCCCCUGUAUUCGCCGAUCCUACGAGAAGCUCUAGUUUGGAGACCGUAGUCGCUCGUGAAGAACCGAGCCCUGACCGCCCGAGGAGAAUGUUGGCGAGAGAAAGGCAGAUGUCUAACACGGAGAGGCCUGGAGUGCCCUGGACAGGGCAGCUCAACGCUCAACCUUUCCAAGCUACUCCUCUCAAUCAACAGCAGCGGCCCCGCGCGAUCUCGGGCCCUUCGUACAACGGCCCUCCGACCGCUUUUCCCACACGCCCAUCUCAACAAAACACUCCCCAAGGCCCUGUCCCCAUGCCGACAUACGCUGCCCCUACCAACCCCCGGGAGCAACAUAUCAUGGCCCAGCUUGGAGAGAGGGCCCAGCGGAUGAAGGCUGCUGACGCUCAGCAGAAGCUGUCUCCGCCGUCUGGCCCUCCUCGUCCUCUCGAAGGACAAGGUUCUCCGCGUCGACCACAUAUGCGUGCCCCGCCGGCGGCGAGUACUGGUGCGCGAAACCUUCAACAGUUUCCACCUCCAGCAGUUGGAGCGACGGAGAUGGGUCGCCAGCCGGCAUACAACAGCGAGGCUCCCUCGAACGCUCCUCCGUAUCAGCCUGUGGCUCUUCCUGCCCAGCCCGCCCCUGUUGUUUAUGGCCUCCAGCCUUUACAUCAGGGCCCCGGCACCUCUCACUACACCUAUACAUUGACGCCUCACGAAGGGUCGAUACCUCCUCCUGGACAGCCCCAGCCCCAGCUUCGAGUGAGGCAGGAGGUGCCUCCUCCCCUAGCCGGCCAGGCCCCACCACCUGCCCGGGACUAUGUCAGGAGACGCGGCAUGUAA